CAGAGCCUGCACGCGCAUGGAGGAGGAAGCUUAGUCCGGAGCUCCUCUCCCGCUUGGCAUCUUACCCAGCCUUACAUCGCCAUUCCAGAACAAUAAGAUAGGGAAAAUCGGAAGGGAUAGAAGCAAGGAUGCUCCUGGAACACCUCGGUCGGAGAGACAACAAGCGGAGAUCGAGCGGUUCCUGAAGAAAAAGGAUUCAGCAGUUGGCGCCCCGGCCGCGCUACCCAAGAUGGCGCUGGACCCGCCUGACUCCGAAGCGGGAGACGACUCAGACGCAGAUAGCCUGCACGGAGGUAAGAGGGAUACUGAGCCAAUCACCAGGGCUUUUCUCAAGACCACCAUCAUUCAAGCCCUCCACCCUCUUCUGAAAGAAAUGAAACACAUCAGGGCGGACCUCCGCCAUCUUGGAGGUCGCGUUGAUGCAGUUGAGGAACAACAGGCCUCUAUGCUCACAUUCAACAUGGCGGUCCAGCAAAAGUUCUCAGAGAGUCAGCGGCAGCUUAAUGUAGCAUUUAAUCAAAUUGAGGAUCUAGAGAACCGGAAUCGCAGGAACAACUUGCAUAUGCCACAGGUGGCCGCUGAUAUCUUCUCUACGGUCCUAGGACAACAAAGAGCCUCGUCCAUUGUUAUCGAGCGCAUACAUAGAGCGCUUCGCCCUAACGAUCCCCCAAGUGACGUCAUCAAAUUGCUUAAUUUCGCUGACACAGCGGACAUUUUGAGACAAGCUCGAGAACAGGGAGAGGUUCUGUUGGACUCUAAUGCGGUCCAGAUUUAUCAAGGCUUGUCUCCAACCACCCUAGCCAAAAGGAGAACCAUGAAACCCUUGCUGGAGCACCUUAGAGCGCAUAACCUGGUGUAUAGGUGGACCUAG